UGCUGGAGGCUAAAGGGUGGAGAGACUUUGAGAAGAAGAUGAGAGGAAGUUACUGGACUGCUUUAAAGAUGAAUUGGAAAGUGUGGACUCCCUUCCAGUUCAUCAAUAUCAACUUUGUGCCUGUUCAGUUCAGAGUGCUGUUUGCCAACUCGGUCGCCUUAUUUUGUGGGCCUUUCUGGUUCCUUCUGGUUGUGGUCUGUACAGGGUACGGCUCCACCCCUGAGCUGAGGAAACGAUUUUGGAGGCCAAAAAAAAGGCCAACAAUGGAGCCCUGGUCCAUCAGAUUGACCCAGCUGGAGCUGCACGCUAUGCCAUUAAUGGGUUGGUUAUUACAGGACCGGUGAGCCAUUACGUUUACCAGCUGAUGGAAGUGUGGAUGCCCAGCACAGACCCGCUCUGCAUUGUAAAACGUCUGCUGCUGGAUCGACUUGUUUUUGCCCCCGGCUUUCUGCUCAUUUUCUACUUUGUUAUGAACAUGCUGGAGGCUAAAGGGUGGAGAG